UUGACUGCUAAGUGAAUGUUUGAUCUUCCACCACCCGCAGGGCGUUUCGACAGGGAAGUGGACAUUGGCAUCCCUGACGCCACCGGCAGAUUGGAGAUUCUCCAGAUUCACACCAAAAACAUGAAACUGUCUGACGAUGUUGACUUGGAACAGGUUGCCAAUGAGACCCAUGGACAUGUUGGUGCCGAUCUGGCUGCUCUGUGCUCCGAGGCCGCCCUGCAGGCCAUCAGGAAGAAGAUGGACCUGAUCGACCUUGAAGAUGAGACCAUUGAUGCUGAGGUCAUGAACUCCCUUGCUGUCACUAUGGACGACUUCAAGUGGGCCCUGAGCCAGAGCAACCCAUCAGCUCUGAGGGAGACGGUUGUCGAGGUUCCCAACGUCACCUGGGAGGACAUCGGCGGUCUGGAGGACGUCAAGCGGGAGCUGCAGGAGUUGGUGCAGUACCCAGUGGAGCACCCGGACAAGUUCCUCAAGUUCGGAAUGACCCCAUCCAAGGGCGUGCUGUUCUAUGGUCCCCCUGGUUGUGGUAAGACUCUCCUGGCUAAAGCCAUCGCCAACGAGUGCCAGGCUAACUUCAUCUCCAUCAAAGGACCCGAGCUGCUCACCAUGUGGUUCGGAGAGUCUGAGGCCAACGUCAGAGAGAUCUUCGACAAGGCUCGUCAAGCAGCCCCGUGCGUUCUCUUCUUUGAUGAGCUGGACUCCAUAGCCAAGGCUCGUGGAGGCAACGUGGGAGACGGAGGCGGAGCAGCCGACCGUGUCAUCAACCAGAUCCUCACGGAGAUGGACGGUAUGUCCAGCAAGAAGAACGUCUUCAUCAUCGGAGCCACAAACAGACCAGACAUCAUCGACCCCGCCAUCCUGAGACCCGGCCGCCUGGAUCAGCUCAUCUACAUCCCCCUGCCCGACGAGAAGAGCCGGAUGAACAUCCUGAAGGCCAACCUCCGCAAGAGCCCCAUCGCCAAGGAUGUGGACCUGGAAUUCCUGGCAAAGAUGACCAAUGGCUUCUCUGGAGCCGAUCUGACCGAGAUCUGCCAGCGGGCGUGUAAGCUGGCCAUCAGAGAGAGCAUCGAGAACGAGAUCCGCAGAGAGAGGGAGAGGCAGACCAACCCGUCAGCCAUGGAGGUGGAAGAGGACGAUCCUGUGCCCGAAAUCAGGAAGGACCACUUUGAGGAGGCGAUGCGAUUUGCUCGUCGCUCCGUCAGUGACAACGACAUUCGCAAAUAUGAGAUGUUUGCUCAGACACUGCAGCAGAGCCGUGGCUUCGGCAGCUUCAGGUUUCCCACCGGCACUGCAGGCGGCAGCGGGCCAACCCAAGGCUCAGGAGGAACUGGCACCGGCCCAGUGUUCAAUGAAGACAACGACGAUGACCUUUACGGAUAAAUGUACACUGCCCAUCAGUGGUCAGUACCGGGAUCACACCUGUACAAAUUCUCACCAGAUUCCACCUUUUUAGGACUUUGUGCUUCUUUCAUGUGUUCCUUUUUUUUGUAUGACUACCCUUGGAGAAAGCAUGUAGCCGCUUGGUUUGCCCUGGCUUUGAUGUGGGUGGGGGUUAGGGGAUGUUGGAUCUGGAAGGUGAGUGACUGAGGCAGAUUUAGGAGGGAAUUUAGGGGAGGGGGGUGGGGGUCAGUAUAUCACAACCAACAUGAAUGGCUUUAGUGACGGGGUUCUAUGCUAGACUAUAAGAAAGAAAAGAAAAAAACAUAUUGCUUAUGACUUACUCUUUUUUUUUUUUUUAAAUAAACAGUAGCAUAUAAUGUAUUACAAAUUUGUCAAAGUUAUGUUGUUGAAAAUAAAAUCUCACAAAAUGGAAGUGUUA